UGUGUACGGAGAGUGUUGCCACAGUGUCAGGAGAACCCUGCAGCAUGGAGUUCAUCACAGGCAUCACUGUCACCGUUGAUGAAACCUCUUUCAAAGACCCUGAGAGAUUAGUGAAGAUUCUUCAACUUUACCGUUCGGAGAAAAAAGCCUCCUACUACACGGUGAGAGGAACCUUUGAGGAGGUGGAGAACCUCUCGACCAGGCUGUCAGAGGUGAGGGAUCGCUCCGAUCCUGUCACGCGUACACGGACUCGUUCGCAGGGUGAACGCGCUUCACCUCACGUCAAACCCGUGGAUGUCUCCGUGGAUGUCUCCGGGGUUGUCAUGGUCUACAUUCAGCAAAAACGUGCAGAACAACUUGGGAAAAUUCAAGGUAGCAGCUUUGUCAUCGAAACACAGCCUGAGCCCAGAACCGUGCACCACGACCCCAGUAGCACGGUACGGGUGACUUUCCGAUCACACCAUGCUUCCUCGACCCCUGUUCACUUCGUCAGGCAGCGGUUCGUCACAUUCUACCAGAGAACUGCGUCCGACCUGCAGGUCGAAUCCAUUACGGCGAGUCCGCAACGCGACCACAAAGACCUGCAGAAGAGAUUUCCGCACCUCCUUUUUGAACCUGGUCGCAACGGAGGUAAAAUGACAGUGACGGGGCCCUUCAUGCAUGUUGCUAAAUUGAAAGAGUUCCUUUCACGAAAUACGCCAAGCUUGAGCAAGAGUCCGGUGGACAGAGGUCCGGCGGACACUGCAAGUGGCAGGACCUUGGGUUCAUCAUCUGUGCACGGCAAAGGCCCCGAAGAGGACCCAUGUCCAAUCUGCAUGGAGCUGAUUGAAACCACAGAGAAAAAGACUCUGCGGUGCAAGCACUCGUUCUGCAAGAGCUGUCUGAAAAGAGCUUUUGACUACAAGCCCGUGUGCCCGACGUGCGGGGAGCUGUACGGCGCUUUGACAGGGACACAACCCGAUGGAGGCGAAAUGAAGGUCACCAAAAACAUUUCAUCUUUGCCGGGGUAUGAGAAAUACGGAACAUUAACGAUCCAUUAUUACAUUCCAAGUGGCAUCCAAAAGGAGGAGCAUCCAAGCCCCGGUCAGUCAUACGAAGGUGCGUCCCGUACGGCCUAUCUCCCAGACUCCUCAGAGGGCAGGAGGAUCCUGGCGCUGCUGAGGCGGGCCUUUGAUCAGAAACUCAUCUUCACCGUUGGCCGGUCCACCACCAGCGGCAGGAACAACAUGGUCACAUGGAACGAUAUUCACCACAAAACGUCAACACAUGGAGGACCAACUCACUAUGGAUACCCAGAUCCCGAGUAUCUCAGCCGAGUUCAAGAUGAACUGAAAGUCAAGGGAAUUAAAUGAGUCGCGUUAAGGUUUGUCAACACAUAAAUGUCGAGCUGAGAAGAUCAAUCUAUAAAAGAAAAACAGGAGGGAUUAUGGCACUGAGGACUACAAACCAGGAGGGAUAAUUCAAAUCGUUUUGAUGUACUGUUUAACGUAGUUGAAUGUAUUUUAAUGUAAAGUUUAGUCAUACUAACUCCAAUCAGUCAACCAUAGCUUCUGCCUAUUUUUUUGUAUUUUCUCUUCUAUCAUUCUUCCUGUUGUGUUGUGUAUUUAUUUUGUUUUAUUCAUGUUUGAAAUUAUCUUGUUUAAACUCACUAAAUAUAAAAAGAAAUUAUAUUUGAAAAAUAA